GUUGCUCUCUCUUCCUAGCCAUGUUAUCGUCAUGACACUACCCUUGAGUAGUCGUCGUCAUAACGUCAUCAUCAUUUCGUCGCCAUCAUGUCACUGUCGACAUUGCGUCAACAUCACGAUGUCGCCGUCAUGCUGUCGUGGUCCUUCCAUUGUCAUCAAUUUGUCGUAGUGAGCGUAGUGUCGUUAACGGAGUGUCGAAGCUAUUUUCUCGUCAAGCCGUCGCUGUGAUUUGUCUUCUCAAUCCUUUUCUCAUUCACGAUCGACACACCGUCAUGGCAACAGAGCCACAGUGCACCGUUGCCAUCACGUCGUUGUCGUCAUCAUUCCAUUGUAAUCAUUUCAAAAUCUUUGUUUUAUCGGCAUCACUCCAGCAUCGAAAUCACGUUGACAUCACGCCGUAGUCGUCAUCUCAUGGUUGUCAUGCAGUCGUCGUCCCCACAUCGACGUCAUGGUAUAGGCGUCACGCCACCGUCACCCCACCUUUGACGUCAUAGCACUGCGUAACUCCAGCGUCGUCAUCCCACGGCCGUCCGGUACUCAUCGUCACCUCUGCACACACCUGCGUCGUCUAUACGGUUUAGAAAUGCUUCAGAUCACAUAAAUAACAAUCAAGGCUUUUCCUUCCGGAAAUAUAUUGUGUGGUAUUUUGUGCGGUAUGGAUAAUGGUAAGAGAUAAGCGACACUCAUUCUUAUGCGGUAAACGAACUUCACGCUACAUGCAGUUUUCCGGUAGGGGUUGUACCUUCCUCUAGUGUUCCUUUCAGGUUUUAAGUAAUGGAAGAGUGCACGAAAUAUGUCCUAGAGCCGAAAGAAUGCUAUGCUAAUUUUAAUGCUGCAACAAUUAAGGCGAAGCUUUAAUAACUUCGGAAAGGGUGAAUCAAAUUUCUAUGACGUGUACGGUCGUGCAUUUCAAUACAGGCUCUUAGUGUCAUGCAGAGAAGCAUCAAAAGUCGAAAUCAAAUUAAAUCUUUCUUUUGAAAUUUCUAUGUGCUAUUCUAUCUCAAGGUAAAUCAAAUACUUGCAAAGACGCAGAAAGAAAUGCUGGACAUAGAACUCGUCAUUACCGACAUAGUUGUUCUGACGGAAGACCAAGAAUUUCUAAAAAGAUAUCCAGAAAACCAUGAGCUAAUUGAAGCCAGUUCACCCGACGUAUUGUCGGAAUUUAUGAGUAUCAACGAACACUUCUUUGCUGGUGCAGACGCAGUGUUAUACAUGAGCAAGUUGAUGUAUGCUAUGCCUAAUGAAGGUGCACCAGGGUAUACGAAAGCGAAAGGAUUGGCCUAUGGAGGUGCCACUUGCACUAGUUUUAGUGGGGCCCUAAUUUCUGAUGACGGCAAGAUGAACGGAGUUUCAACAGCUGCUCAUGAACUACUUCACCUUUUAGGAUCCACGCAUGACGGACAGCCACCGCUGGAAUACAUUCCAGGCAGCCCAGGUGCAGAAGCCUGCAAGGAUGACAGGCAAUACAUCAUGGCGUCACAAGAGCCUGCGCCGCUACAGCCCCCAUUGUCAAACUGCACCCGCGACCAAGUUCUGGCUUUCCUACGAACUCAAGAUGGCGAGUGUCUGGGAAAUGCAGAGCCACGACAGUCGCCUCCAAUUUCCGAAGCAAUGUUGAGAAAGCCUUUAGUGAACGCAAGUAACUACUGCAAUUAUCUUCACAAAGAUGCGUCAGCUGUAAUAUACAUGCCGGCUUACAGUUCUGACCACAACAUUGGAAACUGCUAUUUGGUGUGCAUGACAAUCGAUUCUAGCGGCGCUAAAGAAUACAACAUACAUAUCGCACCUGAUUACACACUUUGUAGCGAAACGACCAAGCAGGUGUGCCUUAGUGGUAUAUGUAGAGCUAUCCCUCCGAAAGGAAAGCCUUUACACCAAAAAGUAAAGGAACUUGCCAAUCGCCGAAUUCUCAUGUCACAUCUAGAAAUUGAUGAAUAAAGACUGCCAUCACUUUAUUUCUGGCCCACUAUCUUAUAGAGGCGAGAAGAGGUAUAGCGCCGAAGGUAAAUGUUAUGUGCAUAGGUGCGCCUGAAUUUCUUUGCCUACCAUUUACCAUACUAGGGGUGUGUUAUUGAGCUGCAUUUUUUCAACGAGGGUAUAUUCAACAUCUUCUUCCUUUAACUUGUACUAUUAUGUCUACCCUGUCCUGGAUAUGUAGGACAGCAAAUAGUGCUUGUAAAUUUGGGAAUAGGUUGGUGGCCGAAUGCAUUCUUCUACAACAAACAGUGCACGUUGACAGCUGAAGCCAAGACUUGAGUUACCAGUCAGAACAGACCAGUGGGCAUGCUGCUAGACUAUCCCUACACUACCGACCGA